AUGGGAUCGUACGUCAGAUUAUCCAAGGUUGAGGAUCUUAGGGAGGGGGACCGUGAGCCGUACCAACGCGACAGGCGCGUCAAACGCUACUUCAGUGCCACCAAAGUAGUUGGAUCGGGGAAGGAAACUGCUCCCGUGACCCAUAUCGCGUUCUCGCCGGAAGGAAGUAUAGUAUCCGUAUGCGCCGGAACCAAGGUUAUCUUCUAUGACUACGCUCAACAGAAGGUCAUCCACACCUUCAACGACUCGAAAGAUUUCGUCAGAUGCUGCGCCUUCCGUGGAGACGGAAAGGUUGCUGCCGUAUCAGAUGACGGCGGAUGGGUGCAUCUCAUUGCAUUAGGGCUCAAAUCUAACCUCAAGAGAUGGCGUGCACACGAAACACCGUGUUACGCGCUCCACUUCUCCUGCACGAAGUUGCGGCUCAUGACGGGAGGGGAUGAUGGCGUCGCCAAGCUGUGGGAUACCGUCACGGGCGAAUUGGUGCAGCAAUUCAGCUUCCAUUCGGACAAGAUUAGGACUCUCAGCGACUUUUGUGGUUCAGAACACCUCUGGGUCACCGGCGGUUACGAUUCGGUGGCGUACCUGUUUGACAUCAGAGACAACACGAGACCUGCCGCCAAGGUACUCCAUGGGGCACCCAUAGAGUUUGUGGAGCUGUCAACUGCGAAUAACCUACUGCUCACUGCAGGCAAAAACAUUGUAAAACUCUGGGACAUAUCCCAUGGACUCCAGCUCACGUACUCGUUCGAGCCGCAUCAAAGGACUGUUACAAGGGCCUUCAUGAGGGAACCGAUCAUAACUGCCUCUCUAGACGCCACCAUCCGCUUCUUCAACUAUUCGUCGGUUUACCAGAGUGACUUCAACGCUUCAGACGAAAGAUAUCUAGCGGCGCUGCGUGGUGAAGACUUUGAGGACAGACGUAGAGCCCAAUCGUUGACUGCAAGGUCGACGUGCUUUGACUCGGAAGAUGAGGACGCGGACCGAGAAAGCGGUGAAAGGCGGGACGAACUCCGGUCGGACGAUGAUGAUGAGCCGCUUAGUCCCGCAGCGGAAAGGAGCAAAAGGAGCGCAGAUGUCUUGUCCGACGGUAGCAACUUUGUCACACCUGAAAGCAGAAUUGCCUCUCCAGAUCACUUCACGCCAAUGAGCGCCAACGCCGACUUCUUGGAUGAUGCCGAAGCGUCACAAUCAUCGCAUGUGGAACGACAGACAGGAGAAGGUGCGCCGGACGUGGAAGAGAGGACAGAAGCGAUAGAUGGAACACCCACUGAGGAAUUAGACGACCGAACCGUAUCUCUCAGGCACGUCUACAGGUUCAGCGCCCCUGUCACUGCGCUUGAUGUCACCAAGGACACCAAGGCGAUCGCCAUAGGACUGAGCUCCGGUGAAUGGAUUAUAAGAAAAAAUGCCAAGGAUAUCACAGAGCCAGCUCCGGUUCGCAGGAAAAUUGUCAGGGUGGACGACGACCUCGUCGAAUUUAAAACCACCAAAUUGUCUCUGUUGGAUAGGCUGGUCAAGACAUUCCAGUACCAGGCGGCGCUAGACCUUUCGCUGUCGCUCACACCCGAUCAUGUAUACAAUCUGGUCGAGACCUUGGUACUGAGAGGAAGCCUAGCCACAGCUGUCAAGGGGAAAGACGAGCAAACGAUUCUACCCCUACUGAGAUUUAUUUCGGCGCAUCUGGGGAACGACAUGCAAAACACGAGCACAUUGCUAGAACUUGCUCACGCAGUUAUAGACAACAACCAAUGGCUGGAAUCGUGCGACAACACACAAGUUAUAGAGGAGCUCCGGAAAAUACCGAACAAGAUCAAUUUUGAACUGUAUCAGCACAAUAUUUUGCAGACGCUCAAGGGAUCACUUGACCUUAUCCUCAACCGUCCGACAGACGAGAAGAAGGACCGACAUAAUUAA